AUGGAAUUGAGCUCUGCCCUUGUAUUUCCUCCGGCUAACGCACCUCGUAGGCAAGGAAAGAUUGAUGAGCGUUUCAAAGAUCAGUAUGAUAAACUGGUAGAGAUUCGAAACCAACUUGAUCGCCUUGCAAUGACUCAAGCAUGGUCCCUGAGAGAGACCGACCUUUAUAUGUUCCAGAGGAAGCUCAAUCACAUAGACGAGUGCCGUGUCAAUGGCAACUUUCUGGACUCAUCCGGUCAGCCUGCUGACCUUCAUGCACAAAGGCUUCAGACGCUGAGAAAAUGCUUGAUGGAAGUCAAAGAAUCAGGAGGGGUCUCAAACACGAGAGAAUUAUAUCCGUAUAGUAUGAAGCUUAAUUCGAUCGAUAAUAUGCGGGUGGAUGGCAAAUUUUACAUUGGAUCGGAUCUCCCAGAAGGUCAGGGAAGCGUUAACGAACUGCUUGCCCAGUGUUACGACCUCUGUUACGAACUACGGGCGGCCGCAGAUGAGGGAAGCCCAACAAAACAAGACGAUUUAUAA